AUGACUGAAUCGAAAGACGUUAAAGAGGAAGCGAUGUUUCGCUCCGCGAAGAUGUCUCUUGUUGAGAUAUAUGUGCCCUCUGAAGAAGCUAGGCACAUACUUCAUGAAAUUGGAAUUUUAGGGGUCAUGCAAUUUAGAGACUUAAAUAAGGGCAUCAAUGACUUUCAAAGAUCAUUUGUCCAAGAACUUAGAGUGCUCGAUAACAUAGAAAGACAGUACUGGUUCUUGAAGUCUCAAUUAGACAAGAAAUCUAUUGAGAUUGUAAGCUAUCCGUAUGAUGUGCUCGAUAUUCAAAUGUCAGACAUAGAGGUCUUUUCAGAAAAUGCUGCAUUACUAGAGAAUAGGGUCUCACAAAUGAGUGAUGCUUUUGAAGCUCUUCAAAAGAAAAGGAUGGAGUUAAUUCAAUGUCGGUACACUAUCGAGACUGUUAAGAACUUUUUCACCGGGAAUGACCCGCAUGGCUUAUCAUUGAUGCCACUUUCUGAGGAUUCUGCGGGGUUACACUCUCAGUUCAUCUCGGGUGUGAUUGAUCGUGAUAAGGUUGGCGUCUUUCAGCAAAUUCUUUGGAGAGUUUUAAGAGGAAACAUGUAUUACUACACCGAGGAGAUUCAGGAGCCCAUCUACGAUCCAAAAAAAGGAGAAGAUAUUUUCAAAAGUACUUUCGUGAUUUUUUCCCAUGGAACUCUCAUUCGUAAAAGGAUUAUCAAGAUAGCGGAAUCCUUGAAUGCUAACAUCUAUGAAAUUGAGCUAAACGCGGAACAGAGAUUACGCCAACUCAGGGAAUUGGAUGACGACCUCAGUGAUCUUAAGCUUGUCUUACAAGAGACUGAUAGUGCCCUUUGCUCGGAACUAAUUGCUGUGUCUCGUGAUCUUGCCAGAUGGUGGGAAGUUAUCGCGAGGGAGAAACGUGUAUAUCAAAUCAUGAACCUUUGUGACUAUGACGGUCUGAGGAAGACUAUCAUCGCUGAGGGCUGGGUUCCCAAUGAUGAAAUACCUAAGCUCACUGAAACAGUCAGAUCUCUGAGCUCCUCAGAUGCUGUUCCAACUAUUAUCAACGUUUUGGAAACCUCAAAAACGCCCCCCACGUACCAUCGUACAAACAAGUUUAGCGUCGCUUUUCAAAGCAUUUGUGAUACCUAUGGUGUUGCAUCUUAUCAAGAAAUCAACCCAGGCUUGCCGACAAUUAUCACAUUUCCGUUCAUGUUCGCGAUUAUGUUUGGAGACUUGGGUCAUGGGUUCCUUAUGUUUUUGGCCGCUGCAGUUUUGGUCUUCAAGGAAGAGAAAAUUAAGUCUCUUAAGAGGGAUGAAAUAUUUGAUAUGGCCUUUUCGGGGCGCUAUAUCCUACUUUUGAUGGGCUUCUUUUCGAUGUAUACUGGUUUGAUGUAUAAUGACAUCUUUUCAAAAUCGCUCACUUUGUUCAAAUCCGGUUGGCAAUGGCCCUCGUAUUGGGAAGAUGGGCAACUCGUGUUCGCGAAGCAAAUUGGUGUUUAUCCUUUUGGCUUGGAUUGGGCAUGGCAUGGCUCCGAAAAUGCUCUUUUGUUCUCCAAUUCUUACAAGAUGAAGCUCUCAGUGCUCAUGGGAUACUUACACAUGACAUUUUCAUAUUUCUUCUCAUUACUGAAUGCGAUUUACUUUGGAGAAGUGAUUGAUAUCGUGGGUAAUUUCAUUCCAGGAUUGUUGUUCAUGCAAAGUAUUUUUGGCUACUUGUCUUUGUGCAUAGUUUACAAAUGGUCUGUUGACUGGUUAGCGAUAAAACAGCAGCCGCCAGGAUUACUAAACAUGUUGAUCAUGAUGUUUCUUUCACCGGGCUCGGUUGUUGAGCCUCUCUACAGUCAUCAAAGUGGUGUUCAAAUAACCCUUUUGGCAAUUGCAUUGGUAUGUGUGCCGUGGCUAGUGCUUGUGAAACCUCUCUACUUGAGACAUAGAAUUAGGCAAAAAGAGAAGAGUGCCAUUUAUGAAAGCUUAGUUUCACGGGAAACUGAGCACGAAUCGCAUCAAGCUGUACUGAGCUCAAGGACCGCUACGCAUGGUACGUCAACUGAAGAUGAUGAAGACAGUGAUGAAAGUGAGACCUUUGGUGACAUCAUGAUUCAUCAAGUCAUCCACACAAUUGAAUUUUGUUUGAAUUGUGUUUCACACACCGCAUCUUACUUGAGACUUUGGGCCCUUUCUCUCGCACAUGCUCAAUUAUCCACAGUAUUAUGGACUAUGACGCUUGAAAAUGCAUUUGGAAUGACGGGAAUCGUCGGUGUUUUCUUGACAGUGUUUCUCUUUGACUCCAGGAAGGUGCGAGAAGUGAAGAUAUUGAGGCCAGUUUUGAGGUGCUUCCUUGAAGCCUCGAAGAUAAUUAGGAAACACUCAUCAUUGACACGUGAAAUUUUGACACCGAAGUUGUCUCUAUUUUAUAGUACAUGCGUGAAAAAUUUCGAUGUUGAUCCCCUCGCUGUGUCUGAAGUCAUAAGAAAUCUUCUUGCAUACCAUCCAACAACUGCUAGACCAUAUUUGAAAAGACUUCUCGUGCAGUAUGCUGAUACAAUUGCAGACAUGACGUAUUGGCCGGAAAGCCCCAGAUGUUGUUACAAUCUAUACGGCCUCACGUCCUCAUUACUCAUGGCUGAGAAGGAAACACCCAUUGAUAAGUGGCGAGACUCCUUCGAAAGAACUUUGAGAGAAGCGGUAAAUACAUUUGCAGUGUUUGAUAAUUUCAUUGAUAUCAUGUCUGAUGACGUUCUGAAGAAACUUAUAGAGCACUACAGAGCGGUAAAAAUUGAGCCCUUGUUUCCUCCUCUUAAGGUGAAUGUUAACUCCAUGAACUCCAUAAUGCAGAUAGCAGAUAGGCUCAAGCGAUUGUUUGAUAUCCUUCAGUCUUACUUAUACUGCUCUACUGGAGACGCCAUACAGAUACCAGUGGGACGAUUUUUUAACUUUCUCGAAAUGGUCUGUUCCGCUCUGAGUGAUGUCUUAAGUUUCAAACCACACGUGAGAGAUACCAGCCUUCAAAACUCCAUAGACUUUGUCUUAUUGAGGUCUCAAUAUUUCGCUUAUCGAUUACUCGCAGCGUCAGUAUACAGCUUGAGGGGACUUGCUGCGCCGUAUUGUCGACGUUUGCUCGACAUGUUUAACACACAUGCUCGCCGACACUUGAAAUCAUGUAAAGCACGGAAUGAUGAUUAUGCAAACUCGAUACUUUCUGCUUCGGCAACCAUGAUCACGUUGUCAGGCUACAUCUGGCAGGACAUCGACGUUGCUCACUUGACUUCACUUGCAAAUAAAAUCAUCAUGUCUGAUUCUCGAACUCCGUCUGGUGCAUCGAGUCCAACGCAUUCUGACUCACGCAACAGUGAAGCUUAUACAUUUGUCUCUUCAAAAAGAGUCGUUCAGUCUUCAAUCGCAACUUCGUUCCUCAAGUCUGCCACACGUCAUAGAGCUUUGUCUCAGGGACUCUUUAGUUCUGGAGUUCGUCACAUGCUACAACGGCUCAUAAUUCAAAAAGACUUUGAUGAUAUCACAUUCGUUGAUGGAGCUGAGCAUGAUCUUGUAUCCAUGAUGACCUCAAAGGCUCAUCUGGAUAUCCCUAUCGCAAUGUUACUGCUGAUGAUGUCGAGGAAUGAAAUAUUGAAUCUUCUCCUUAACCCAAAAGUUCCGAUCACAAUUCCUCGUGAUAAGAUUCCGACUCACGACUCUCUCGUCAGGAAGAAUUUUGAUGAGAAAAGAAAAAUGCUCGAUGAUGUGCACCCAAAAACAGACUUUUCGAAAAAGCUUAAACUAGACCCAGUUGCGUAUGAAAGUCAGAGGUUUGAAAGUGUUCUGAUCAGCUCGAUGCAGCUGUCGCUUGAUAUCAGGUACCCCUCAAAAUGCUCAACUGAUGACAUCCCUAUGGCUAGUGAGUCACCAAACUCUAAUGAAACACUGGAUGAUGAAGAGGCUGAAAUUGAAGUUCCAGAGCUUGACAUGAGCGAGGACUCCGACAAUUGA